AUGGAGAUUGAUGGGAACACGCUACUAUUUAUUAUAAUAGUUUUCUACAUCUUUUUCUCCUCCCCUGGAGGCGAUGGGGUCUCUUCAACAUUUGAGUUUAACCAAAUGAAGAUCUUGAAGGAGACACUCGAUUUAGAGUACCAGUUGUUUAAUAAUAUGACUUAUGAUAGUAACUUUAAGAAUAUAACUGGUUUGAAGCUAAGCUACCAAGAUAUAUUAGACAACCCAGAUCAGAAUGCCACUUUCCCCUUACCUAAUAAGAAUUACAACAGCUGGAACGUUGGCCAAUCGCACAUGCUCUUACCCGACAAAGUUAUCAAUUAUAUUCAAGACGAGGUGUGGAAUAUUAGUGAGCUAGAAAACAAAAACAACGUAUUCCCCUUCAAUAUUUCUAGUAGUUUACGAGGGACCACAGAUUUGAUAUCGAAUCAUAAGUAUGAGAAAAUACGUAUGCCGAUACCCAACUUCUACAAAACUCCGUCUGGGUUUUCCGUUGAUCAGCCUGAACUUGGCGAUGACUACUCGGCGGAAUGGCCGGGAUCCAGUGAAGUACACAACGUCACUUUUCAGCGCGGAGAUAUUAAUAUCAAAGUUACCCAUAUUAAUAGGGUGUCAAAUGAUUUGGGUUCGAGUAAGAAAUACUCCUUUAAUUCUCAGGACGACAAGUGGAAAUUUUUGGAGCUGCAAAUCACUUUCAAUGAUGAUGCAGAAAAGGAAAAGCAUAGUCUGACAACGUUUGGGGUCUAUGACAUCCAGCGUGGUCGAAUAUUGUCUCUUUCAGAUAGUGCUAAGUUCCACUCACUUUUCGCAUUUCCUCACUAUAUGAGUCUGGACCAAGAUGAAAACUUGCGGAAGGAAUCAUUUGAGCAGUCCAAAAAACUAAUAACAGAAUACUGGGAUACUUCCAAGUACAUAGACACACUAAGGAUAGGUGACCUUAGUGCUGCAUACCACAAUGCUCAGGAAAAAUGCGAGUACGCGAUUUUUUUGCAGAUAGACCCUUGGAACCAAUACACAAAAGACCAACUAAAGAUGAUAGACGACGAGCUGAAUUGGCCGCUUGGUCGACCAGCCAAUUUGUCUGACUUGCCGCCAAUCAGUAUCAGUUCAGGAUUGUUUUUCUCCCCAGAUUGUGGUGUUUCUUUAAAGCUGGAUAACGUGAGGGGACCUAGAUACGAGUUGCAGACCAAAAAGGUAAGAUACCAUCUACUCUGUGGUGUUAUUCUGAUUAUGUGUCAGAUAUAUCUGUUGUUAUGCCAGAUGAAACACACCAACACACCUUCAAGCGUUAACAAGAUUUCAUUUUAUUCCUUCCGAAUGAUAAAUCUGGUGGAUGGGAUUUUAGCGAUGGUCUACUUUAUUGCAUCCAGCAUUGUGGCAGAAUUGUAUCUCCCCCUUGUGAUAAGUGCGUUUUGCUCAUUCAUUUUAGCAUCUCUGUUUGAGACGAGGUAUUUGAUCGCUGUGUACGCCUCACAAGCAAACGAAGAGGGGAUCAGUAUACGAACAUUGUUUGAAGGGAACACAGAAGGUCCAGAGAGACAGAGAGUAAUACCUGAAGUACCUGACGAAGCAGCUAUAAGUGGAGGGAUAUAUGGUCGGUUUUUCUUUUUCCUGGUUACUUUUUCCUUCCUGGCUAUAAGUGCGCCAGCUUGGCCACGAAAUGUAAGAUUGUUUGUGGAGUACACUGGAUUGUUUAUUCUCAACUCGUAUUGGGUACCGCAAAUUUUGAGGAAUGCAGUCAAGGGAAUCCCAGCGCGGAAUAUUCGAAGACGGAAUGAGAACGCAAGGAACAGAGGGCAGACCAAAUUACCAUUACUGUGGAAGUUUGUCGUUGGCACAACGAUUAUCAGGGUGCUACCAGUAAUAUACAUCUUCACUUACCCAUCGAACAUAUUCAAGCACCACAAAAAUGUGAAGUUUGUCGUACUGUUAUCGCUGUGGUUGCUAUUCCAGGUGUCUAUAUUGUACUCGCAAGAUAUCCUAGGAGCACGCUGGUUCUUGCCUCAACAUACCAUUCCAGAAGGAUAUUCAUACUUCAAGUCUGUGACAUCUCAAUACCUUGCCGAGCAUGGAGACGAGAGCUUGGUGGAGACGAACUCAGUGGAUUGUUCGAUUUGUAUGUCUGGGAUACCAUUGUACGUGGAUGACAAACCAGAAACACACAAGGUCGAUCAGUACAGUUACAUGGUUACACCAUGCAAUCACAUCUUCCACACUGAAUGCCUGGAGAACUGGAUGAGCUACAAACUGCAAUGUCCCGUAUGCAGAACACCACUUCCUCCGGUAUGA